AUGAUAAGUAAUUACAUAAAAUCAUAUUGUGGGUAUGGAAGAAUUAUAAGAUAUAUUAAUAUUCUUUCUAAUGGGAUUGGUAGUUCUCAAGAUAUUCUUGAAGCUAUUGAUUAUACAGAAUUAACUAAGAAUAUUGGAGGAUUUGCACGACUAAAAGAGGUAGUUUCAUCAACAAUUCCAUUAGAUGAACCAGAAUGGAAAAAAAAGAUAGGAUAUUCAUUAUUUGAACAAGUUAAAAUAUUAGAAACAGAAAUUCAAAGUACAUAUGGAGAUGAAGAGAAAGCUAAAUUAUUAUAUAAAUUAGCAGAAAUUCAUGAAGAACAUGGAGAGUAUAGUAAAGCAAUAAAAAAUGUUCUUCAAGCACUUGAAAGUUUAAAAAAUAAAUUAUUAUGUGCUGAAGGAUAUUAUAGAUUAGUUAGACUAAAUAUAUUUAAUGAAAAUUUUCAUCAAGCAAGUAAUUUUCUUAAUAAAUUACAAUCAUUAGAUGCAUUUACAGGUAGAUUAUAUACUAAAUUUAUUAAUGUAAUUUCAUUUUUAUUAGCAAUUAGAAAUACUGAAACAUUUAUAACUGCAUUUGAAUUAUUAGAUAAAGUUACUACAUUUGAUGAAAAAGAUAAUUGGGAAUUUGGAGAAUUUUUAAGUUUUCAAGAUAUUGCUAUUUAUGGUACAUUAAUUGGAUUAUUAACACAAAAACAUCAAACAAAUGUUAUUCAUUUAAUUAAUAAUUCAAAAUUUAGAAAUCAUGCAGAUACUGUUCCAGAAUUAGUAAUAUUAUUAGAUGAUUAUAAACAAAAUAAAUUUUCAAAAAUUUGUAAUGAUGUUCAACAACUUGAAAAAUAUUUUCAAUUUAAUUUAUAUUUUGGUCAAAGAAUGGAAAGUUUAAUAAAUUGUAUUAAAAAAAAAUGUUAUAUUGAAUAUAUUUUUGCUUAUUCUGUUGUAGAUAUGAAUGUUAUGGCAAAAAUGUUUGGAGAUUCUUUAAUAAAUAUUGAAUCUGCAUUAGAAGAAUAUAUUUAUUCUGAUAUUAUUAAAGCUAAAAUUGAUGCAAUUACUCAUACUUUAAAUUUUGUUGAUGGAGAUGAAAGAUAUCAUGCUUAUGAAAGUGCAUUAAAUACUGUUACAAAAGCAAUUAAUUUAUCACAAGAAAUUGUUUUGAAAUCAGAUGUUAUGUUUGAUUUCUAA